AUGAAUAAUAGCAUCCUACACACGGCUAACGCCACUAAAUUGGGCUUGAGCCAAGCACACAUGAACUGCAACAACAGUGAUGACUUCAAGUACACUUUGUACAGCACAGCCUUCAGCCUGGUCUUCAUAGUUGGACUUCUCUUCAACAUGGUUGCAAUAUAUAUUUUUGCAUGUACAUUAAAGCUGCGCAAUGAGACCACAACAUACAUGAUGAAUCUAGUAGUUUCAGACUUGCUGUUUGUUCUCACGUUGCCUUUUCGAAUAUUCUACUUCAUUAGGCGAGACUGGCCAUUUGGCAGCGUGCUCUGCAAGCUCUCGGUUUCCCUAUUCUACACCAACAUGUACGGCAGCAUCCUUUUCCUAACCUGCAUCAGUGUGGACCGUUUCUUGGCUAUUGUGCAUCCGUUUCGGUCCCAGAUAAUUCGCACCAAGAGGAACGCCAAGCUAGCCUGCUGUACUGUGUGGUUGAUAGUUUUGUCUGGUAGUCUGCCCACAGGGUUCCUUCUAGAUACCACUUCCCCUAAAAAUGCCAACUCCUCCUUCAUGUACUGCUUUGAGAACUAUUCAAACCAGCAGUGGCAAUCCGAGCUGUCUAAGGUGGUGGUGUUUAUGGAGACAGUGGGUUUUCUCAUCCCACUGAUGAUAAAUGUGUUCUGCUCUAUAAUGGUCCUCCAGACACUGAGGAAACCCCAAGCCAUCAGCCGUGGAGGCCAACUCAACAAGACUAAGAUCUUACGGAUGAUCAUUGUGCAUCUGCUCAUCUUCUGCUUCUGUUUCAUCCCCUAUAAUGUAAACCUCCUCUUCUAUUCCCUGGUUCGCACCAAAGUUCUGACUGGCUGCCAUGCGGACUCAGUGGUUAGGACCAACUACCCCGUGGCCCUGUGCAUAGCAGUGACCAACUGCUGCUUUGAUCCUGUGAUUUACUACUUCACCUCAGAAACCAUACAGAACUCCAUCAAACGCAAGUCCAUGGCACAGCACAACACAGUCAAGCUAUGUAACAGACUAGAGACAGACCCCUUGCAGAGGACUGUGAGGGCCAAAGUCUUCAACAAUGAGUCUACAUUGUAACAUCUUCUGUAUUGAGUGAUAUGAUUGCUAAUGAAAGGAGUAAUGCUGUUCAAACUAAUGUGAGGGGGUAAAUGGCAGCAGAGUGGCCUGUAGGACCUUAUAAAAUUGCUGUAGUCGCUGAGGAAUCACUUGCCCUUUGACGGCACAUUAGAAUUAGAAUUUUAUAUUUUAACCAUUCAAGUUUGCAAAUUCAAGGAAAUUCACUUGGUGGGAUGCAAACAUGCAUGUAAUGUGACAUCAUUCAGUAAAAUACGUAAGUUGAGUAUGCAGAGAAAGAACUUUUGGGAAUAAAAGGUCGCUUCUGUUGAAGUAUCAAAGAGAGAGAGAGAGGCUUAUUGUUAUUUGAAUUCUUCAUAGAGGCUAAUGACUUAGAAUUAAGACUAAUUUUGCAACUCAUUCUUAAAUAAAUGAAAAAAUAAACAAAGGGAAGUAAAAAUAUUCUAAGUCAAAAAGAAUACUUUGCCUUAAAUCACUUACAUCAAGGUGAAAAGAUAACCGCCUAAGAACCUACUCACUAAUUACAUGUCUGUAAAUUGAAAGCCAAUAGACAUCACCUAGCUCAGUAAAAGGCAAUGAUUUAACUGUUAAAAAGGUGACAUGACUUAGUUUAUAAUCAAUCACAACACAGGGAUUAUGGGAAGACUCAUACUAUACUCCUUCCAUUGAGCAUCAUACUUUAAAAUGGAUGGAGAUGGGGAUGAGUGGAAUGACUUGUGGAUGAUAUCCUGGUGCAUGGUGUGACAAAAUAGCUUGAGUGCAAACGAAUAUGCCUAAUCACAAAACAAUGUAACACCGUUCAGUAUGAGACUGUGGUUUAAGCCUUUUAAGCCCAAUGCUUUGGCGAUGCUGAAAAUGUAUUGUAGCUUCUGCUUUUCAACAAUGUGUGAUGAAUUUUAUAGAUACUUGUAGUUUUAUGCACUUUAACUGAACAUUUUCUACCACCAAACCCACACUCAAAAAAGUCAAUAA